CGCGCGCGCGGGGGGCGAAGGACGAGGCCGCUCGGUCACCUCAGGGCGCUGGGGCGGGGGCCCUGGGGUGCGGGCCCGGCUGCCUCUCCCAGCGGCCUCCGUGAGGGGUCGGACCUUCCCUUCGUAAACCACGGGGCGACCCCGGGGCUGAGGGGACGGCCGGGCUGGGCCCCGCCGAGCCCAGUGCCCGCUUACCGCCUCCGGGCCGCCCUGGGCCUCGCUGAGGUGGGGCCUUCGCCCGCCGUCCCGGCAGCUCCCAGCUCCCUCUUCUCUCCGAGGCCUCCCGACAGCUCUUCUGUCUCCUCUGCAGAGGUUUUUCCAGGACACCAUUAUGAGUGAUCAAAUCCAGUUCAUUGUUGAGAAGCUCAAUCAGGAGCCCUUCAGGAAGAACUACAAUUUAAUCACUUUUGACUCCUUAGAGUCAGUGCAGCUGUUGCAGCUGCUCAGUGAUGUUCUGGGGGAGAUUGACCCAAAGCAUGCUGUUGACAUUAGAGAGGAGCUGCCAGAACAAACAGCUAAAAGAAUGUUGAGCCUUCUUGGUAUCCUCAAAUACAAACCUCCAGGGAGUGUAUCAGAUGUGAGUGCAUUUCGCCAAGGGUUAAUUACUGGAAGCAAACCUGUAAUCCAUCCUCUCUUACACUGGCUUCUUCAGAGGACCAGUGAACUCAAGAAAAGAGCUUACCUGGCACGUUUCUUAGUAAAGCUGGAAGUUCCAGCAGAAUUCCUACAGGAUGAUACUGUGGCUGACAACAACAAACAGUAUGAAGAAACAAUGGAAGCCUUCAAAAACCUACAUAAGGAGUGUGAGCAGCUCAAAACAUCUGGUUUAUCUACUGCAGAAAUAAGAAGGGACAUCAGUGCAAUGGAAGAGGAGAAAGAUCAACUCAUCAAAAGAACAGAGCGUCUCAAGAAGCGGGUGGAGACAGUACAAAAUCAUCAACAAAUGCUUGAAAUAGCAAGACAACUUCGCCUAGAAAGAGAGAGAGAAGAAUCUUUGGCUCAACAGAAACAAGAACAAAAAAAUCAGUUGUUCCAUGCAGAGCAGAGACUGCAAAGAGCACGGUUCCAGCUGAAAGAAAUGCAUCAUGCAGUAGUGGAUUCAAAACCUGAAAGUCUAAUGAAGAAACUGGAAGAAGAGAUAAAUUUCAAUUCAUACUUGGUUAGUGAAAAGAUGCCUAGAGAGAUUGAAAGUAAGAAGAAUUCAAUAUAUUUCUUACAAAAGGUUGCUGCAGAGCCAGCUAUGAGCCAAUCUGAUCUUGAUGUACUUGAAAUCAAGAUAAAUGAAGUAAAUGCAGAAAUUAAUCAGCUUAUUGAAAAAAGAAUGAUGAAGUAUGAGCCAACUGAUAAUAAAUUCUUCAUGUAUCGCCAACAGGCGUCGAUCGUUUCCCGGAAAAAGGAAGCCAAGGCAGAAGAACUGCAGGCUGCUAAGGAAGAGAUGUCCAGCACUGAAAGGGAGAUGCUGGAGAAGACCAACCAGGCCCGUGAGCUAGGAGGCUCUGAAGUUCUGAAAGGGGAUGAGCUAAAACACUAUGUGAACAAGCUCCGAAGCAAGAACACCUUUUAUAAGAAGAAGCGACAGGAAAUAGCAGAAAUUACAGCUGAGUGUGGUGUCCUCCAGAGAACAGAAGAACUGCUCCAACAGCGCCACGAGGCUCUCCAGCAGCAGUUGCAAGCUAUUGAAGACAAGAAGGGAAUUUCUGGAUAUAGUUACACCCAGGAGGAGCUGGAAAGGGUUUCUGCAGUGAAGAGUGAAACUGACGAGAUGAAAGGCCGGACACUAGAGAACAUGUCUGACAUGGUAAAAAAACUGAAUGCAGUGGUGGCAGAGAAGAAGGCGAGCUUAGCUCCUGUCAUCAAAGAGCUCAGGCAGUUGCGUCAGAAGAGCCAGGAAUUAACUCAAGAAUGUGAUGAAAGAAAGAUCCAGUAUGACAGUUGUGCGGCAGGGCUGGAGAGCAACCGCUCUGCGCUGGAGCAGGAAGUGAAAAGCCUUCUUGAGGAGUGUGUUCAGGAAGAAAGCAACUACCAUUACAUCAACUGUAUGAAGAGGAACCUGGCAGUCCAGCUGGAGCGUGCUAAGGAAGAGAUGAAGGCCUAUGUCACCCCAGACCCACGGGGGAAGAGAAAGACAAUUCGAGAACAAUAUACACAAAUGAUCGUUGAACAUGAAAACCUUGGGAAGAAAUUACGAGAGAAGCAGAAAGUUGUACGGGAAAGCCACGGGCCAAAUAUGAAGCAAAUGAAAAUGUGGCAGGAUUUUGAGCAGUUAAUGAAAUGUAAGAAGGAAUGUUUUCUGAAACAACAACAAGAAACAGCCAUUGGGCAGGUCAUUCAGGAAGAAGGCAAAGACAGGCUUGUGUUAUAAACUCUUCCUUCUUGCUACCAACAUGCAGUAGGAAGACAGGUGUGUUCCCAAAGGUAACCUCUUCCUAAAUAUUGUUGCUUUCUUAAUUUCCACAUCAAUUGGUGGCAUGUUAUUUGGCUUUGGUGGAUAAACAGAGAGCAAUUAACCACUUGAUGAAGCCUUUCCUCCAUUGCUGAAGUGACAGCACUGCGUGGUCAGAUAGAUCAGUUAUGGGAGCUGUGCGAGGGAGAAGCUCAUCAUAAAUCUUUGUUUUAUGGGGCUGGGAAUGGCAUGUAUCUGCAUAGAGAUCAAAGGAAAAUAAACCCUUUUCCAGGGUCACAGAAAACUUCUGUAAUUGCUCUGCUCCUUAUUCUGUAUCACUAAGGUUACGUUUUUGCAAGGCCUGGGACUUGGUGUUGUAUAAUUGUGGCCCUCCUGGCUUGGCCCUCUCCUUUGCUAUUGUCUUUAUUCAUCUGGUGUGACUGCAAGAAUGGAGCCAUUUUCACCCUGAGCUGCACAGUCCCUGCCUGCACACUCCCAGUCAUACUUUCCUUGCACGGUUGAAUUAAACUGAUUGUGCUUCCAGGAGACAGUUCAUUGCUACAGUGUCAGGAGUAGGUUCUGAGAACAAUUACUUGGGUUUUGAGCUUUCUCCAUUAUCUGUUGUUGUUGUUUUUAACAAAUGUACUUUUCUUGCACAUGUUCCACCCUCUGAUUUUUCUGAGUUGCCCCUGGGCCAGUGUAAAUGGGGGUUGACUAAAGGCUGUCUCCACUGAGGCCAUGUGGGGCUGUUUGGCCUGUGCAGUGUGGUUCCAAAGUGAUGACACUCCCCAGAGUGGGUCAUGCCAGGCUGGAGGGUUAUUGAUGGAUGGAAACACGGCACAGUGGCUCCUGUGUAUGGCAGGGUGUGCAAAACAGGCAGAUAGGCAAGGCUGCCCUGUCCUCUGGCUUUGACCCAUGAGCCACAGGCAACUGUCACUGUCCUUAAAACUACACCAUGAGACCCAGAGCUGAGCCAGGGCAGGAGGAAUGUAGGUGGGGCUUGAAAGUGUCCCUCACGCUUCAUCGAUUCGGAUGAGCACCUCUCAGCCACUAUCAGAGAUCAGAAGCAGAAAGAUAAGCCUGUGGGGCCAGAGCUGCUGCUCUUCAGUCUCUUGGCUUAUUGAAUUUUCAGAUAGGUUGGGUGUUUUAGUUUUUUUUUUUAGUUUUUCCUGCCUGAAAUAGAAUAUCUUUUCAGGAUAAAAAAAAAUAUUUUUGCUUUCUUUGAUACCUGACUAUGAGAUCUUCUGUAUCAAGAGAGUGUGGUAAUAAUAUAGUUCCUAGUUUGCCUUUGCGUUAAAUGUCUUUGUUAACAGACUAAAAUAAAAUCCAAUUACUAUGCUUUGACUGUA